AUGAGCGACUUGUUGACCGCAGAAAUUGUGCAACUCAUCGCAGCCGCUCGAGCUACCAUCGGCACAAAUAAGAGUACAGAAAGUGCGCGGCCGAUCGACAUUGCACAGCCGAAUUGCGUUUACAUCGAGACAAUUAUCGCUCAUUCGUCAUGCGGAGAAAAUUGCAUGCGAGCAGUCCCGAUAGAGCUAUGGGGAAUUCGAAGGGAGUGGGACUCACAGCAAACAGGUCUUGCCCCUUUGUUCUUGAAGAACGCGAUAAGAUCUCAUUUACAUUUUUCGCAACUAAAUUCUUGGAUUUCCACGUUAAACGGUCAUUUGCCUGAUGGCGUCUGUUGUACGUACAGAAUUUCUUCGCAUGGUCGCGAAUUUACCAGUACCGAUGUUGUAAAUGAACAUACGUUCCCGGUGUGUCGCAUGGAUCGACAGAGCAUUCUAGUCGUUACGGUAAAAUACAUCAAAGCUGAGAACAUGCCGUUACCCAUAGGACUUUGCUUGACUCUUGGGCAAGUUUAUAAAUAA